CGCGUCUGUACUAAUCGCUCGCAGCUUAUUAUUGAUAACAGAAUGCAAUCUCAGGCAUCGCGGUUGAACGAAGACGUAUGGUCCAUCAUCCUAUCGCUCGUCCAGCUGGACGACGCUCGCAGUCUUUCCCUCACAUCUCGAGCUAUCCAUCCCAUCGCCAGGUGUAUCGUCCUGUCGCAUGUUGAGACGUCUCGAUCAGGCCAUCUCGCGAAAAUCUGCGCAUUUAUGUCAGGCGAUCCUCGUUCUCGUGCCUCCUGGCUUCGUGAACUCCACAUACACUAUGAAGCCCUAGCAAGGGCCUUAGCGCUGCCCAAGCUAUUGUUCGAACAGUUGGCAGGUCUCCUUGCUGAGACACGCAACCUCCGCGUGCUAGUUCUCCCCCUCGUGGACCGUUUGCUCGAAGUGGAACCACGCAUCGGCGACGCUCUCGUAUCGCUAGAAGGCCUGCAAAUUGUCACACUCACACACGUGGAAUCUCGUACGCUCGACGUAGCCUCGCGGAUGCAGAGCCGACCAAGGACAGUAACGCUCGCGUUCGGUUUCGACACCUCGGUCGUCAAGAACCUCGUUGCACUGAGCCAUCUCGCCUUGUUCCGCAGUGCGCACACACUGCAUCUAAAGGGUUAUAAACCCCAGAUGUCCGAAAUACUAGGCCAGGAUCCGUUCAUCCAGCUUGUGCUCGGACAGCUCGGACAGCUUCCUACCGUACGCGAGGUCCACCUAUCCGAUUGUGAGGCAUGUCCGUUGUUCUACGUAUUUCCCAACUUGCAGAGACUGGAAAUGCUUGGCAUAUGUCAACCCCUCGAAUUCUCUCUCCGUAAUUGGAUGUGGCCGGCAUCUGUCCCUCUGGCGGAUGUAGCCAUUUCGUUCGAGGAUCUGAUCCAUUUCACAAGAGCGCCAAUUCGUCGACUCCUCCUGCAUCGUACCCACGAUUCCUCCAAUCCGAUCGUUGGUCGACUCGCCGACGCCUUGCAGUUUGCAAGACCCGUUUGUCUAUCAUUCGACUUCUCCUACAAGGACCACCCGCACAGCCCCAGCAACCUGAGGUGGAUCGAUUUCUUCCGAAUGAUCCUUCGCCCCAGUGUGGGGCGCCUACGGUGCCUCGAACUUACGUUCGAUUGCAGACAGCCUGAGGAUGACCAAUCCUUAUGGAUGGACUGGCUCCUCCCAGCCGUCACCCAGUCCAGCCUCCUAUGUAUGCGACUCAACUUCAAAGUCGGCAAGACACCAGAGCCAUCCAGCUGGCAGCGGAGUAUGCAAAAUACCGCUCGACGAGUUGCUGAAAAUGUGCCUUUGGCCCAGUUCAUAUGCACUGGCAUCAAGCCCGGGUGGCCCCGGGCCAACGUGCGCGAGACAUGCACUUGGUGGCGCGUACGUGGGGAAAAUGCGAGCCAGCGAUGCGUGGAGAGCAUGUCAAACGAGGCGGGUGAGCAGGUGGAGCGCUACAUGCGCUCUGCGGCCUUUGAGCAGAAGUUAUCGUUGGACGGGUUCGUUUUCACCGGUGCGUAG